UCCCCGUGUCCCUUGACAACAGGGCCUGGGCGGCGCCGCAGCCCGAGCCCCGAGCCCAGCCCAGCGAGGAAAUGGUGAGGGCUGGCGGCUGGGACAGGGAGAGUGGAGGGGAUGGUGAUGGAGGGCGCUGAUUCACGUUGGUUGAUACUCAGGAGCUGGAAUCCUGUGGAAAUUUCCCCUCCCUGCAGUAACGGAAUUCGGUCCUCUUAUUAUCCCAAACAGAUGUCCAACUGAGAUCAGGUAACUUUUGAUUAAGAGAUAUGGAUUUGAUUGAAAAUCAACUGGAGCUCCUGUUGAAAGGGAAAGGCAUUGAGGUAGUGGACUAUGACUCCCCCUUGGAUGAAGUAGUGCCAGUAAUUGUGCGGAAAACAGUUUGUUACAUCGUUGCUGCGAUAAUACUGAAUGAGCAGAAAGAAGUGGUGAUGAUGCAGGAGGCAAAACAAGAAUGUUACGGCAAGUGGUACCUGCCAGCAGGGAGGAUGGAACAGAAUGAAACCAUCGUUGAGGCUGUGAAGAGAGAAGUUCAAGAGGAAACCGGUUUGGAGUGCGAGCCCUAUACCCUUCUGAGCGUGGAGGAAAGGGGUCCACGAUGGAUCCGUUUUGUUUUCCUGGCCAGAGUCACAGGAGGGAACAUGAAAACUACAUCAGAGAGCGAUGCAGAAUCCUUGCAGGCAAGAUGGUGGGACAGAGUGUCGCCCCUUCCACUGAGAGCCAGAGACAUCUUAAACUUAAUCUCAUUUGCUGUCAAACACAAAGAGAGAGCUUCUCAUCCAGUGACCAUGCCUGUUUUGUUGCCAUGCUCAGUUGUGUGUCACCGGGUGGUAUCUGCCUUUCUCAACAAAAGUAACGAACUAUGGCUGUUGACCAACAAUCAGGGCUAUCCUCAUUUCCCCGUGACGGUUUGUGGCACAUCCUCGGCUGAUCUAUCUUGCAGCGUAGAAGUGGCCAUCCACAGACUGAUCAAGGAAUGCUUGAGGGACUCGCAAGUGAAGGUGAAAACUCAUGGUAUCUUGGGAUUACAGCACACCGGUGGAAAUCCUGGGAAGACAGAUGGUGUUUGUUUCAAUGUGCUAGUCACCGUGGCCCAGAUGGAAACUGUGUACAACCAGUUCCCUCCAGAUGUUAACAACCUGAAAUAUGCUUGGCAUAAAGUGGAUGAUGACGAUUUAAAAAUUCAGUUGUUAGAGAGGUUGUCAUUUUCUUCUGUUGUGCCAUUUUUGAAUUAAAGUGACAGGGAAAUGAUGGAAUAAA